UCAUUGUGCUAUUAAAAUUAUUCCAACCACUUUUGUCACUUUCUACCAAAAAUGAUUCCAACAUGACGGCAAAGUAUCUUGACCUAAAUCACACCACCUUUAUAACUUCAACACCAAACUUUCCCUCACCCCAAAAGCCAUGUCCAAUCCUCUAAGCCCAACCUCCAACUUCUUCUUCCUCAUCUUCACCUUAACCAUCCUCUACGUGGCCUACACCUUCCCAAGGCUCCAACCCAAGCAAACCAACCUCGUCUUCUAUGUGCACGACUACUUGACCGGCAAUGACAUGUCAGCAGUCACUGUGGCAGGCCAAAGAGGACCCACCUCCAGCAUCCUACACUUUGGCACGAUGAUAGCUGUCGAUGAUCCAGUAACCGUGGGUCCCAGCAUUGAAUCGAAGGAGAUAGGCAGGGCUCAAGGCAUGUACGUUAACUCUCAGUUGGAUGGCAAAGGGUUGCACAUGGUUUUCUGUCUGACUUUCACUGAUGGAGAAUUCAAAGGAAGUAGUUUGGAAAUUCAAGGGGCUGAUAUUUUUUCAAUGAAGGAGCGAGAAUUUGGAAUUGUAUCGGGGACGGGUUAUUUUCGGUUUGUGAAGGGGUAUGGGAUCAUGGAGACCGAGUUCAUGGACAUUGCUAAUCUUAGAGCUGUUCUUAAGCUCAAUGUAACAGUCAAGCAUUUCUAGAAUAUAAAUGAUAUUGUUAGUAACGAUUGAAAGCUAUCUUAAUAUAAUUUUCAUCUUUUACC